UGAUUCUAGAGAGAUAGAGAAAUAUUGAAAUAAAUUAAGGUUUGAUUGACAAUACAUCAAUAUUGAUUAAAUAAUUCUAUUGGUGACUGGCAGGAAAUAACGAAAUAAUUGCUCUGACAAGGAAAAUAGAAUUUCCUAUUAACAUAAUGACGAGAAAUGAUUUAAAUUAUUAUCAUGGAUUAUAUGAAUUUAGCUGAUAUUUCAAGAAUACAAUAUGUAUGUACACGCGAUAUGUGUACUAUAAAGAUAAAAAAUAGAUGUAGUUUUAUAUAAAGUUAUACAUUAUAAGAAAACUCAUUUUUAGAAUUUUUCGUAAGUGGAGAUUAUUUGCAGCUUUGUGCAACAUUUAUUUUUAUAUACUAAUGUUUCUUAAAUCUGCGCAGAAUAAUUUGAGCACACAAUAAAAAGUUAAAUAUUUGAUUACUUGUAUUUGUUGUUUGCUAUUGUUUGAAGUUUACGUCAUGUUUAAUGUUAACUUCCUUUUUUUAAACAUAACAAUUAUACAUAAAUUUUAGGCCAGCGUACUUCUUAUAAUAAUAAAUAAAAAAUAAUAAGUCGUGGAUCGAAAUUUUUAUAUCGUUACGUGCAGCUCUUUCUAAAAUGAAGUCAUUAAUCGUCUAGAUGCUUUCUACAUAAAUUAUCAGUCACCUUAAUAAAACAUAAACACUUUAUCAUCUCAUAAAAAAAAGAAUCAAACUUGCAAAUUACUUUCUAAUAGUCUAAGAAAUAACAAUAACAUUCAAUUUUCGUAUCUAACUAAUUUUUACCCGCCAAAAGCGGUUUCUUAUCGGGGCACCAAAUAAUGACACUCUCCAGCGAUAAAUACUUACAUUUAAUAUUACUUAUCGCUAGUAUACGCAAAGGGACACGAAAGUAACGGUAGCUUUUAAAUGUCCUUCCUAUGAUAUCGAGAUGGAGAGGGAGGGGGGGGGGGGUGGUUUCGAAGCAGCGAGAUGAAACGCGACGCAGCAAGGCCGCGGGUCGCGUCUCUCACGCGUAAAGUCCGGUGAUGAGGAGACGCACAAGCGCGGAGUCGAGGAACGAAUCGCGAGCGAGCUCGGCGUACGCGCUCGCAGCCUCUCGCACCGUCCCGUCGCCGUCGGUGCGCCGAAAUGCUUAAUUAGCGCGAGCGGGGCCUCGGAGGCUCCUCGGCCGCGCGGCCAAUCGGCGUGCCGCGAACGAGCGGCGACUCCGCCCACCGUGUGAGCCCCGUGUUGCCCUUUUCCUCGUGACUCUGCCGGCCACAGUCCGUACGCGAACGUUCACGGAGCGUCGUCUGUCGCAUCCGCGUGUCGGCUCCGCUCGGUUGCGGUCACCGACGUACAUCGUGCUCGGGCCCUUCCACACCCCCCCCACCCCCCUCCCCCAGCCGCGACUUUUCGCGCUGGUUUACGCGCGCGACGAGUUUCCGUUUUUCGCCGAGGUGCAAAAAUUCCCGCCGGCGGCGGCUCACGGUCGGCUCCCGAAGAUUCUGCGAAUCGCCGGUCGCGCGUCGCCGGAAACAUGUAAGACGAGACGGGGAUCCCGCGCGAAGUUUUGGAGAACUCUCGAUCCGGCUCUUUCGAGCGCAGCGCGGAGUCGAUCGCUCACCUUCUUUCUUUCUACUUUUGUCCGUUCUCUUUCCUCGCGCGCGAUCUUCGACGGUUCGGAUCCUCGCCGCGGCCCGCCGUUCGCGCGCGCGUUCGCGGAGAAAAACGAUGCGAAACGCGGACCGUCGUUACCGGCGCAUGUAAGAAUGCGAGGUUAAGAAGCGCGCUCGCUCCAGUCACGUAAUCUUCUUUCUCUGCUUCCACGGAGGAGAUUCGAUCUUCGGGGGAUUUGGCGAUCGAGUUGACAGAGAGAGAGAGAGAGAGAGAGAGAAAGAGAAUCCCCGCACACGCAACGCACGCUCGUCAUGUCAAUGAGUUACCUGCUCGUGUCUUUGCUGAUCGUCGCGUGGCAAAGCGGCGCACAAGCCAACUGGUGGUACCUGGGGCUGGAGCCCAGGCUGACAUCCGGCCCGAUCCAAGGGAGCGGCGUCGACCCGCAGGCGCAGAUCGCCGGCGCGGGGGUGAUCGGUCCGGCGAGCGCCGAAAGGAGCUGUAAGAACGCGCACCUGACCGCCAAGCAGCAGGCAAUAUGCUCCCGCUCGCCACCCGUCCUGCAGGCAGUCAGAGCGGGCGCUAGGCUCGCCAUAGAGGAGUGUCAGCACCAGUUUAGAUCAGCGAGAUGGAACUGCACCGUCAGCCCGGAAAAUCCCGAGAACGUGUUCGGCGGCGUCAUGUUAGUCAAUAGCCGGGAGGCCGCGUUCAUAUACGCCGUAUCAGCGGCCGGGGUCGCUUACAGCGUCACGAGGGCCUGCUCCAGGGGCGAGUUGACCGAUUGCUCCUGCGACAAUCGCGUGAGAGCGCGACGUCCAAACAAUUGGCAGUGGGGUGGAUGCAGCGAGGACAUACACUUCGGGGAAAAAUUUUCGCGGGAAUGGUCCGAGGGCGGAGAGGAACCGGUGAAGGAGGGUGCUCUCUACGGGCCGAAAGGGUUGGCUGGCCAGCUGAUGAGGAAACAUGAUAGCGAGGCCGGCAGACGGGCCAUUCGCUCUAGGAUGCAGCGCGUUUGUAAAUGCCAUGGCAUGUCUGGCUCGUGCAGCGUGCGCGUGUGCUGGAGAAGACUGCCGUCGUUCCGGGUGGCCGGAGUCGCCCUGGCGGCUCUGCACGAGGGUGCCGCUCUGGUACGACUGGCGCAACGUGGCGGUAGAAGACCGGCCAGGCUCAGACCGGCGCGUCCCGAUCUUAAACGGCCGAACAAGACGGAUCUGGUUUAUCUCGAGGACAGCCCCGACUACUGCGAAAGGAAUCUCACGCUCGGCAUUCCUGGCACGCGAGGAAGAGUGUGCAAUCGAACGUCUCUUGGGCUCGAUGGAUGCCGGCUGCUAUGCUGCGGCCGGGGCUACCAGACGCGAGUGCGGGACGUCACCGAGAAAUGCAAGUGCCGAUUCGUCUGGUGCUGUCACGUGAAGUGCGAGAUGUGCCGGCACACGCGGGAAGAGCACGUGUGCAACUAAACACAUGCAGCUGCAUUCCGGGAUCCGGCCUGUCGGCCGGGAACGCGCUCACGUUCGUUCUUUACGUUCGGAUUAAUUAUUCAUUGCCACUUCGCGUUGUACAUCCGCAAUUAACGCCGCGAGAGGCUACACAACGACACGUUACGUCGAUGCGGUUUCCGCCUGACGGUCGCAUAAAUCGCAAGCAACAUCGUGAAAACAAUAAAAUCCAGUACGGCAGCGUUUGCUCGUGCUCGUUGCUUCCGUAAAAAAGAAAAAGCACAGAACACGCUGCGAAGAAUCACGUACAAAUGACAAAUAAUUUAUAUAUUACAAUUCGACAAAUGUAUUCAUUUUAACGGUCGGCUUCGAUUGCAUCUUUUACUAAGAGCGAUUGCUUCACUUUCCUUUAUAUGAUUCAUCGACUUAUAAAUAUUUUAAUCGCCUGGAGUACUUUUUUUACCUAAACUUCUAUAGAACGAAAUGGCUGACGGCAAUCAAGAUUUUCGGUAUUAUUAUUAUUAUUAUAACGUUACCGUAUAAUGAUUCGUCUGCGAGGUUGCUAUUGCGUGACUUAUCAUCACCGGCCUGACUGUCAGGUGCCACAACACUUUACUACGCGACCGCUAAUGCAUCGAAAGUGAAUGUGUUUACUUUAAUUUACAUUUAAUCGCUUAAUUUUAUCUCGACCCGGACGUACCGCGGAGGAGAAGAAUUAUAUUCCAGGGACACGUUGACGUAUGCCCAAGCGUACGUCCAAGCACGCUCGCUUUAUAUCAUCGUACUCGCGCGAUCUGAUGAUCCGAGUUCUGAACGUAAACGAACACAGUCCGGCAUCAAGUUUUCCCAUCAUCUCUUUUCUGACUCUACUAUAUACAUAUAUACAUAUAUUUUAUAUAUAUAUGUAUAUAUAUAUAUAUAUAUAUAUAUGUGUGUGUGUGUAUAUAUAUAUUUAUUUAUUCGAUAUAGCUAUACGUAUCUCUCAUAUAAUUAGUAUAUGCGCAUUCUUUUUAUAGCGAGAAUCGAAUGAUAGAAGAUUUCGUCGGAACUUUAUCUAGAUUUCUCCUCGUCACAUAUUUACGCAUCUCGCGCCCUGAUGUGCCAAUUUACUAUUUCUGCGUACGACAGAAAGACAGAAAGAAAGAGAAUGAGAGAGAGAGAGAGAGAGAGAGAGAGAGAGAGAGAGAGAGAGAGAGAGAGAGAGAGAGUGUGUGUGUGUGUGUGUGUGUGUGUGUGUGCGUGUGCGUGUGUGAGAGAGAGAGAGAAAGAGCAAGUGUGAGUAUGCAAAGGGGAGUAAAAACGUGGUAAUAGACUACGCCCGUCGAUUACUUUUUUUCCCUUCCCUUGCUCUCGCACAUUCGCGUAUGACACACGUGCAAUUACGCGACGAGUGUUCUAUUUAUAUCGAGGCAAAGACCUCCGCACGUAGGUAUCUCGUACCGAUGUCGUAUGUAUAUCGAUGCUCUCUAGCGCGUAGAACCUUCUUUUCGCCUAAUUAAAGAGCAAUGUAGCGAGGAGUCACGCCACGAAGUUGGGAUCACGAGCGAUCCAAAUUACAGCGAGGCGAUCCAUCUCGAACGAGACGAAUCCACUUCGGAAUCUCCGGCGCCCUUGACUCGCACGAAUCGGGAACAAUACUGCCAAUGAAUGUAAAUAUUGUCUCACUGUUUUUUCUAGACUCUACGUCGUAAUCGUCGUUGUAUAUACAUAAGCGUUUUUUCAUCGGCUUCGUUUAAGAAAAUCCUUUUGCGUUUGCGUUUUCUAUUUCCAUACACAGUCCACACACACGAGAUACUCUCAUAUCCCAUCCGGCGAUUUUAUCUCUCGCUGUCACUAUUUUAUACACUUAAUACGAUGAUAAUACAACCGCUUUGUCGCAUGCCAGCGCCAGUUAAGUCGACAGUCUAGUCAUUUACGAAUUUUCUGAUCCCCAUAUCGGCGAACACACUACGCUCACAACGAAUUACACGCGAGGUUUUCGCACUUUCUUCGGCCAAAAUUGUAAUAGCAUAACGCAUCGCGCAAUUAUUAUUUUGGAAGACAGAUAUGUACUUUAUUAUUUUAUAACUAUAGAUAUUAAAUAUUAUGCAAUGUCUUAUAAACAGGAAUCUGCAACUUCUCAAAUAAUCUACUGAAAUCAUUUAUUCGAAUUAUCGAAAGAAAUUAUUCGUUAUAUAGUACUAUUAUAUACGCACAUGCAUGCACGUAUAAUUGUACUAUGCAAUUAUAGAUGUGUCUGGAAUGUACUAUUGAACUGCAAAUGAAAUUGCUCCACAAUCUAAUUAGUGGAUGACGCUUAUUUGAUGAAUUCUAGAAGGUCCUUAAAUUUUCCAAAAUAUUUCGCGUUUUAUUGCGAAUACAAUAUGAUAUGAAACAUAGACAUUAACAUUAUUUCGUGAGGUUGCAUCCCUAUAAUUCCUCUUAUUUUUUUAGGAUAUGGCCUUAAGCAACGCGUAGUAGAUAUCGCGAUUCGUCCGUAAUAUUGUAAGAACUUAGCAGUAAAUGUAAACACGAGGGAAUACGCUCGUGCCAACGACGACAUACAGAAUUCAGUAUUGUGACAAACUGUAAUUUAUUUUCUUCACGAUAAUACAUCACACUUCAUUAGAGA